GAGAGUGAGAGUCGAGGAAGCUUGAGAUGGUCGCCAUAUUGUGUAGCCAGUGUCAAUAACAAUAAUAGAGACUUUCUUCCAUUUUAUUGUGUGUGUUGUGAGGCUUCUGGCCUACCAUUAUGAACACAAGUCCCAGCAAACACUCCUCAUAGCAAUGGCAGCAUCUAGAAAAUUACAAGGUGAAAUCGAUCGGUGCCUGAAAAAAGUGGCGGAGGGUGUGGAACAGUUUGAGGACAUUUGGCAGAAGGUUCACAAUGCCACCAAUAGCAACCAAAAAGAAAAAUAUGAAGCGGACCUCAAGAAAGAGAUCAAGAAGCUUCAGAGAUUACGGGAUCAAAUCAAGUCCUGGCUAGCCUCAGGUGAAAUUAAGGACAAAUCACAACUCCUUGAAAAUCGCAAGCUAAUAGAAACGCAAAUGGAAAGAUUUAAAGUGGUAGAAAGAGAAACCAAGACCAAAGCGUAUAGUAAGGAGGGUCUCGGGGCAGCACAAAACAAAGACCCAGCCCAGCGGGAGAGGGAAGAAGUGAAUAGUUGGCUUAGUUCCUCAAUAGAUACCUUAAACAUCCAGAUGGACCAAUUUGAGUCUGAAAUUGAGUCAUUAUUGGCAACUCAAAAGAAGAAGAAAAUGGACAAAGACAAGUCUGACAGAAUAGAAGACCUCAAGGAGUAUAUUGAUAGACAUCAGUAUCACAUUAAGAAAUUGGAAAUCUUAAUGAGAAUGCUUGACAACCAAUCCAUAGACUGUGACCAGAUUAAGAUGAUCAAAGAAGAUGUUGAAUACUACAUUGAGUCAUCGCAAGACCCAGACUUCAACGAGAACCUUGGCUUGUACGACGACAUAGACAUGGAGGAUCUUGACUACCCUACUCCAGAAAUAACGGUAGGCAAGCAUGUAUUGGGAGGUAGCCAUGACAGUACAGAUGGGUCAACACCAUCUUCUGCAUGUGGGUCUUCUCCAGCGCCGUCCCCAGCCACCAACCAUCCCAAUGACCAUGAUGCUCCAACCACCCCUCAUGACAAGAAAAGGAGUAGUAAAAAUGAAGAAUCCAGAUCCAUAAAUUCAGCAAGCCAACCAGUUAAACCUUUGGUAGUAAGACCAACCACCAACAACAUCUCCAGUAACAGCACUAUGAGUAACAGCAGUAAUACCAACAGCAGCAGUUCUACUACUGCUGCCACCAUUGUUGCCGUUAAUUCCAACUCAUCAUCCAAGCCAACACCACCUCCAUCCACCCCAACUAAACCUGUAUCAGGUUCCACUUCUCAAUCCACUCCAAACAACAGCAGCACAAGCUCAGGCAUUUCCAACCAUCUUGUCACCUCAACUUCACAACAUAAUAGUACAGGAAGACAUUCACCUGAAUCAAGUGGCGUGAUGAACAGUGGUAUUGUUAAUAAUACUGUUGGAACUAGCAACAGCAACAGCAGCAGCAGCAGUAGCAGCAGUAGCAGCAGCAGCAGCAGCAGCAGCAGUUGCAGUAAUAGCAGCAACAACAGCAGUGGCAACUCAGUAUCCAGUAGUACCGGUAGUGGAAAUAGUAGCAGCAGUAACAGCAGCAGCAGUAAUGGGCCCAGCAGUGGGGUGAGCAGUAGUGUCAGUGUCACGUCCCCUCAGGGCAGCCUGUCAGGAAGUGCGACUACCACACCUGCACUACCUUCUGGGGCACCUACUCCAUCCACACCAGCGUCACAUCCCGGCCACACACCAACUAUGAAUUCAGCAGAAACUGCAGUAUCGUUGAAGGUGAUAGCGCAGAAGAAAGUCAAUGAAGUCAAUUCCACGUCAAUACCACCAUCAGUGUUGGAUACCAAUAAUUGUGUUGUGAGUAGCAGCACUACCACCACCACCAACAAUACAAAUAGCAACAAUAAUACUACCAGCACCACCUGUUCAACGAAGAACACAGGAACCUCAGAAGCCCAUAUUCCUCCCCUAUUAGGAGUUGCUCCUCUUGGACCAGCACAGCUGACAGUGGAACAUGAGUUACAGUUUAAGAUGUUACAAGCGGCCUUUUUCCAUAUGCCUCACCCGUCCGAUUCGGAAAGACUGAGAUUACACUUGCCGCGCCAACCCUGCCAGACACCUCUAUACUACCCACAGGUCUCACCACCAAUGUCAGAUACAGUUGACUUCUUCCAGAGGCUAUCCACAGAAACUCUAUUCUUUAUCUUUUACUACAUGGAAGGUACCAAAGCCCAGUAUCUGGCUGCUAAGGCACUUAAAAAACAAUCUUGGAGAUUUCAUACCAAAUAUAUGAUGUGGUUCCAGCGGCAUGAAGAACCAAAGGCUAUCACAGAUGAAUAUGAACAGGGCACGUACAUCUACUUUGACUAUGAAAAUUGGGGCCAGAGAAAAAAGGAAAAUUUCACUUUUGAAUACCGGUUCUUGGAAGACCGGGAUCUGAACUAAGAUUCUGCCGUUAACCAAGGAUCUCAUUCACACUUCCCUUAGCACACUUUCCACACUGAGGGCAGUUGUGCUUUUCUGAGUGAUAAUUAUUCAUACUGUAAGUGCAAGGAGGGGAUGUUGGAGGGGGCUUGGGAAGGACCAAGGCAGGCUGCUAGGGAGAAUAUUUUUCCUUUCUCAGACCAGACCUCGUCCCAGCUCUACCACUACCCGUGUUGUUCACUGCUUCCCAAUAAAGUCAGGUGUCAUGGCUGCCACAACCACUGUUAUACCAUGAUAUGUGAUAGUCUCUUAUCUAUUCCAUUUGUAGUUUUUGUAAAUCUUCCCCCUCCCGAAUAGAGCAUAUCUAUUUUUACGAGGAGAGUUGUCUCUUGCCCAUACCACAGACUUGUGUCUCCACAAGAUCUGCAAGCUUGAGUUGAGUACAAUUACCUACACACACACCACUCUUUGAUCUCGUCUUUCAAACUCUAGGGUUUAGAUUUGUAAGUUUUAUGCAUUGUACAUUUUUGCUCAAAUAUGUGGAUGCAGCAUUCUGUGCAAGUAGUAUUUUGUUGCCAACCAGUAUUAUCUUCCUGUCAAUUUUGUUAAUUGUUUCCAUAGUUAAACUCACAAUCUGAAGAAUGCCAAAGAUGUGUGAUGCAUCUACUUGUCAGCCAUUAAAAAAAAAAAUUAUAUAUAUAUAUAUAUAUAUAUAUAUAUAUAUAUAUAUAUAUAUAUAUAUAUAUAUAUAUAUAUAUAUAUAUAUAAUUUGUUAAAUUUAUUCCUCAGUGAUGUUCCUUAACAACCAGAAAUGUUGGACUAGUUACAUAACUGAAUCACAUGCAGAAAUUUUUAAAUUGUCAUUUUAAGUAAUUUCGUAUUUAUCUUACAUUCUACUUAAUUUGUGAGAUCAGGUAUAAUUUUAGUUUGGGAAAGUUCAACAUUGUUUCUUUUGUACAGAUUGAUCUUAGCUUUUUGUUUCCAAUUUUCUUUGCUAAAACUACCUUUCCUCCUCUGGUGAUGAAGUAUGUAACAGUACAGCACUGCUAUCUGAUGAAUAUGAAGAAGUCUGGUGGCCUAGAAUCAUAAGUUGUUAGUUGGUCUUUUUAGUUUCAUUGUCACUCAGGGUGAAAGAGGUAGACUUCUCCCAAGGAUUUAUAACAGACUAGAUUAUAUUUCCAUAAAAUUUCUUGUUGGGGCUCCUGAUUUUCUAAUGUUUCAGUUCAUUAUUAUUUUUUUUUUUUUUUUUUUUUUUUUUUUUUUUUUUUUUUUCCCCUCUCUUCUUUUCCUUCCCCUCUCGAUAGAGCUGUUCAGAGACUGGAAGUGUUUUCUUGUAAAGAUAAAAUUACUAAGUGAUUUAAUUUGAUGACUAUAUUUUCUGUUUUUAAUGAAAGCAAUUUUUGUGGUGGUGUCAUCACAUUUUAGCAAAACUGUCAUGAAAAAUCUUGAAAUUUUUGUGGAGUUCAGUUUUAACAAAUCACAAGAUUGCACUUCAGCAAAUUCAGUAAACAAAUUUCCAUGUAUCAAAUAAAUGUGUUAUUCUAUCAUUGUGGUAAGGAAAUUAUUCUUUACAAAUAUUAAGAAAUAGUGUUGCAAUUUUCAAUAAUUAUGACAUAUGCAAGUAGAGGAUUUCUUUGUUGAGAGAGUCAGUCACUUGCUCAAAGCAAAGAUGCAGCUGACAUACUUAUGGAAGCCCCCAGACAUCAAAGUGUCCAGCAAAGGAGUAGGAUUAUGUAGAUAGUGUACAGUCGUUGUAGACUUUUUAUACAGUGUAAAUGAUAUUUUUAUACUGUCCUUGACAUCCCUACAGAGGUAUGCAGUGUAGAUGGGAGGGACAACCUUUCAUGGUUGAUUUGGAACAUCAACUUAUUUGUGUAAAGAAUCUAUUCACCACCUGUAAGUUAUAACAUCAAUGGAUAUGUGCUUCUCUUGUCAGUUUCAGAAAGCCUAAUUUUCCUACACAGUCUACUUGAAAAAUUGUGCCUCAAUUCAUAACUGUUAGAGAGAGAUAUCCAUUGAUUUUAUUUCUUUCAGAUUUUUUGCUUGUUUUUUAUUAUAAUUAUAAUAAUAUUUAUUUAUUCUAUUUAUUUUCUUUCUAAGGUUGGCAUCUCAGUAAGACAUUAUCAAGUACUAAACCCGAUCUAUCCAAUUAGACUUCUAAACUUCCAAGGUUUAGAGUAGAUAAUAUAUUCAGUUUUCUUUCUUUCUUUCCAAUCUGUUACUCAUGGGAUGUGAGAGUGGUUGUGGUGUCAUGGAACAAUGGGACAAACAACACAGUUUGAGAAUAGAGGACAAAGGUGUUUAUAUAAAAGUGAUAUAAAAUACACUCUAUUUCCUGUGGA